GGUCGAGUUCCGUCCGCGCGGACCGGGGGUUCCGGGGUCCGCGCGGCCGCGGCCGGAGCAGGCGGCGCCCCCCCGUCCGCCGCUUUGGUAUGUCCCGGCCUACGGCGUCCUAACGGGACCUAAAGGGCCCGACGGCAGCGGUUCGCCUUCCUCGUGUCCGCAUGACUGACAGCUGCGCGGCGGGCGGACUGCGCUCAGAGCUGAAGCGCUGCAGCAUGGCGCGCGGCUGCCUCCAGGGCGUCAAGUUCCUCAUGUUCGCCUUCAACCUGCUCUUCUGGCUGGGAGGCUGUGGCAUCCUGGGUGUUGGCAUCUGGCUGGCUGCCACCCAGGGGAACUUCGCCACCCUGUCGUCCUCCUUCCCGUCCCUGUCGGCCGCCAAUCUGCUUAUCGUUACCGGCACCUUCGUCAUGGCCAUCGGCUUCGUGGGCUGCAUCGGGGCCAUCAAGGAGAACAAGUGCCUCUUGCUCACCUUCUUUGUGAUGCUGCUCCUGGUGUUCCUGCUGGAGGCCACCGUCACCACCCUGUUCUUCGCCUGCACUGACAAGAUCGACAGGUAUGCCCAGCGGGACCUAAAGAAGGGCCUGCACCUAUAUGGCACCCCAGGCAACGUGGGCCUCACCAACGCCUGGAGCAUCAUCCAGACCGACUUUCGCUGCUGCGGGGUCUCCAACUACACCGACUGGUUCGAAGUCUAUAACACCACUCGCGUGCCGGACUCCUGCUGCCUGGAGUUCAGUGAGGGCUGUGGCCUUCACGCACCUGGCACCUGGUGGAAGGCGCCGUGUUACGAGACCGUGAAGAUGUGGCUCCAGGAGAACCUUCUGGCUGUGGGCAUCUUUGGGCUGUGCACGGCGCUGAUACAGAUCCUGGGUCUGACCUUCGCCAUGACCAUGUACUGUCAGGUGGUGAAGGCGGAUACCUACUGUGCGUAGGCUGCCCACUGCCUGCCACCUCUGCCUCACAGCCCAUGGGGGAGGUGACCACGUCCCCACCUGCCUCUCCUGCUCAGGAUUCAGCACCAACCCUGGACGCCCCCCCAGGACCCUCAGCCAGCCCUGCGAACACCGUGCUGGAGGAGGUCGCCAAGUGCUGGCCACGCAGGCAGGGCUGGGGGCGGGAGGAGCUUUUCAUACCUGUGUACUCUCCAGAGCAGCGCUCCCCCUGGCUGGGGUUAUUCGCAGGUGGGGGUGGGGGUGAAGGGCCAACCGCUGGUCCUGGUGCUCAAGGCGAGGCUGUCGCCCCACCGUCCACAUUCCACAGCGGAGCCAGUGCGGGCUCUGGGUGCAUCUUAAUAAAGCGCGUGGGCGACAGCCCC